AAAGGGGUGGACGAGAUGGGCGGUACCAUGUUGUGUGUGUGAGGGGAGCCCGGAGAGAGGGGCCGUUGGCAGUGGCGGCAGCGCCGGCUGGGCCAGUCUGCGGGGAUGGCGCGUGGGCGCCCGUUGGUUGCGAGUACUGGAAGAUGCAUCUGCCACAGUGGGCUCUUUGGAGUAAAGGUUUUGAAUGAAACCCAUCAAGCCCCACACUGCUUCUCACCUUGCUUUGCAAGAGGCUUCCUGUAGCUUCUGGAAGAGCUGGUCAGGAUUAAAGACUAUUUUCCAACAUGAAGUUGAAGCAACGGGUGGUGCUCUUAGCAAUCCUCCUUGUCAUCUUCAUCUUCACUAAGGUUUUCCUCAUUGACAACUUGGACACCUCGGCAGCUAACCGGGAGGACCAGCGUGCUUUUCAUCGUAUGAUGGCAAGCCUGCAGGUGGAACUGGACCCACGACUCGACCAUACACUGCAGUCUCCCUGGGAGAUUGCAGCCCAGUGGGUGGUGCCUCGGGAAGUGUAUCCAGAGGAGACUCCGGAACUUGGGGCAGUCAUGCAUGCCAUGGCUACGAAAAAGAUAAUCAAAGCAGAUGUGGGCUACAAGGGCACUCAGCUGAAGGCGUUGCUCAUAUUGGAAGGGGGACAGAAAGUAGUCUUCAAACCUAAGAGAUAUGCCAGAGACCAUGUGGUAGAAGGAGAGCCAUAUGCUGGGUAUGACAGGCAUAAUGCAGAAGUGGCGGCCUUCCAUCUGGACAGGAUCUUGGGUUUCCGGCGAGCCCCCAUUGUGGUUGGCAGGUUUGUGAAUCUCCGCACAGAAAUCAAACCUGUGGCCACAGAGCAGCUGCUCAGUACCUUCCUGACAUUAGGUAAUAAUACUUGCUUCUAUGGGAAGUGCUACUAUUGUCGGGAGACAGAGCCAGCAUGUGCUGAUGGGGACAACAUGGAGGGAUCAGUCACGCUGUGGCUGCCAGAUGUUUGGCCUCUACAGAAGCAUCGGCAUCCAUGGGGAAGGACAUACAGAGAGGGCAAAUUGGCCAGGUGGGAAUAUGAUGAGAGCUACUGCGAUGCUGUGAAGAAGACUUCGCCCUACGAUGCAGGGCCACGGCUCCUGGACAUCAUUGAUACAGCCAUUUUUGAUUAUUUGAUUGGGAAUGCCGAUCGACAUCAUUAUGAAAGCUUUCAGGACGAUGAAGGGGCCAGCAUGCUUAUUCUCCUUGACAAUGCCAAAAGUUUUGGGAACCCUUCCCUGGAUGAGCGAAGCAUCCUGGCACCUCUCUAUCAAUGUUGCAUCAUCCGUGUCUCCACUUGGAACAGGCUAAACUACCUAAAGAAUGGGGUACUGAAGUCUUCCUUAAAAACUGCCAUGUCCCGUGACCCCAUCUCACCCGUGCUGGCCCCCCCUCACGUGGACGCCUUGGAUCAACGACUCCUGAACAUCCUGGCGACGAUAAAACAAUGUACAGACCAGUUUGGAUCGGAUGUUGUGCUGGUGGAAGAUAGGAUGACACUUUCCCAUUUGUAGCUUUCAACGGAAGAGACCUGGGAUUUUUUUCUCUCUUAAAAACAAACAAUAGAAAAACAGCACAAUAGGCUCUGUGUAGCCGAGGGCAGGAUGAACUGGAAACGAAAUGCCCGGUUUUCCUGCAAUGAAGAAGAAAACAGCAGCUUGAAGAUUCUGCUGAAAAUAGGGGACUUGCCCCUGGGCAGCCCUAUGUAACUUUUUGGGAGGUCCAUUGCUGGCAGUGGAUGUUGUGCUGAGAGCAUCCUGGAGUGUUCGGAGAAAAGACCGGAACUGGGGCAUUAAAGCAGACUGGUUCUAGAAGAGCCUUAGUCCUCACUUACUCAAGAUAUAAUUUUUUAAAAUAGUUUAGUUCAGUUCUGGUUUGUGAAGAACUGGCUGGUUUGGAAUCCAUGAUGGCUCCUUUUUUUACACGAGCAGCAGCAAGGCAAGUACUACUGUGGAAGAGAUUUCUUAGCAUCUUGCUUGGAGUGUGCACACCAGCCCCAGAUGUCUUUCUGAUCUUUUGUGAGCCCUAUGAAAGGGGGUGUGAUUAUAUGCGUGGUGUUCACUCCUUCCGUUCCAGUAUGCUGAGGAGAGAAACUACUUUAUGUUGUCUCUGUGACCUGUGCCCUAUCCACAAGCCAAAUGGAGUCAGGAUUGAAUGGUAAUAGCAAAGACCCAACCAGUGCAAAAGAUGACUAAUAAAUUCUUCAUAGAGAUUAUUAGGCAAGCCAUUACUGUUUUCCCACAGACAGGAGCUCUUGCUCUCUUCAAGUAAGUAAUAACUCCUUUGAUAGCUGCUAAUACCUUAAAAAUCAGAAGUAGGUUAAAGGCAACCAAAUUGUCUUUCCAACUAAGGAAUAAAGGAUUGAACCUGUUAUGAGAAUAUAGAUGCCCUCCAUGAGACAUAUAGGAUUUGUUGAUGCAACUCGGAUAAUUAGGGAAAUCUAAACUUGAAAAGAGGGGAGAUUUUCUGACAAAUGUGCCCACAUCUCCUGUGACUUAGUCAUGAUGCAAUGCUAUGGGAUGAAUCUUUGGUAUUAUGUUAUUUGUCAUAGCUGAACACGCAACUGAGUGGAGGCUUUCAAAAGGCCUUUUUCAACUGGUCCAGUGACUUGUUUAAGGCCCAAGCUGUGAUCCAGUGCCCUUGCGAUUAUUAGUCUGAAAUUGUAGCUCGCAUUGGUUUUCAGAAAAGUUUCGGCAUCUCUGUUUUGGACAAAUCCGCUAGUUUUGGAACAAACCUCCUUCCACGAUGCUGGGAGGAAAUCUCUGGAAGAUUAUUGUGUCCCAAUGCCUACUCAAGACUUCAUCAGAGGUCUUAACUGGUCUUUGAUGUUAAAUUUGAAGCUUGAGAUUCAUGUUCAGAAAGACUGACAGGUAAGACCCAAAUAUUUGCCAUUCGCCUUCUAACAGAUUUUUAUAUCAACUGGGCACAAGAUAAAAAACCAAGGCAGUGCCUUGGCCGACACAGACAGAUAAAAGUCCUUUCUUACAUUUCAGUAACUACCCCUGCCCUGGAGCAUUUUUAGACUUCUGUUCAUGCAAGGAGCUCUUAAAAUUACAGCCUGACAUAAACAAAUGCUUAUGCCAUUGCCAACCCCCGUCCACAACCCAAGCUAUCUGCUUGAACAAAAAAGACAUUCAUAAGUGAGUCAGUUUCAUUCUAGGUACAACAGGAAUGAUUAGGUAAUGGCUGCUAUCAUGAGGGCUGCCAAUUAGAAACAUCUUAUGGAAACAUGAAAUGAAAAUGAGAGGGAUCAGGCAUUAAGGUGAGAGGUGUACCAUCAAAAAGCUUGCCAUUAGGCGAGUUUGCAUCCAGAACUGACCUAGGUAUUGCUAGGGAAGGAAAUUUCAUGCAGACUUGGCUGAAGUUCUUAGGAUGUUCCCACCGUCUUACUGUUUGUGCACAAUGUGUUAACUGCAAACCAGUGUAAACAACAUGAACCCAGGUGUUCGAAAGGGGGGCAUUUCUUUUUGCCCAGUGGUGGAUGUUAAAGCACCAAACCUGAGUACAAAAAAAUCCUCUGUAUUUUUGUCGCUGUUGGCAGGCAGGCCAAAAGAAAUCACAUAAGCUUCUACUUUUGUCAUCUGAUGAACUGGAAAUGUUUCCUGUUGCAAUUUCAAAAGACACUAAUUUAUUAAGAAGGUAACUUAUUUGUGCAGCAGCUGAAGCGGAAUGCUUUAGACUUGCAUCUCUUCUCGGAGCUGCCAGGUUUGCCCUCGGCAGCAGUUGCAAAAUGGAACCUGUCAACAGAAGAGAACACCGUGUAAUCUCCGUGUUAUGUGCUUUCCCCAGUCAAACUCCACAUAAACAAACAUGUGAAUAAAUUUUUUUAAUAAACCAAGAGUUGGAAGGAUU